AUGGUGGACGUUAAAAAGUUCAGUGAUAUUGACAUUUACGGUCUGCUGGAGGUGGAUAUAGCGGCCACAGAACAAGAGAUCCGUAAAGCGUACCGUAAAAAAGCCUUACAAUGCCAUCCGGACAAGAAUCCCGACAAUCCGAAGGCGGCCCAGCUCUUCCAGGAGCUAUCGAAGGCACUGGAAAUAUUGAUGGAUGUUUCGGCGCGCACUGCCUACGAUCGGUUGCUGAAUGCAAAGAAAGCUGCCGCAUUGAGAACGAAACAGUUGGAUAGUAAACGGCAAAAACUCAAGGCUGAUCUCGAGGAGCGGGAACGGCAAGCGAAAGAAGCGGCCACCGGUGGCUAUAAAAAGGCUAGCAGCAAAACACCGGAGGAACUGUUUCAGGAAGAAUUUGAACGAUUGCGUAAAGAGGGCUCAAAGUUGAUAGAAGAAGAGCAGGAACUGAUGCGCCGCCAGCUAAAGGAAGAGCUACGCAUGAUGCAAACACCAAACGCUUCUAGUUGGGAUUCUUCGCAGCAUCGGAUAAAAAUACGCUGGAAAGCGGACAAGAAUGAUACUACCAACGGCGGUUACACGGAAGAAAUCUUGCGCAAAUUUCUCAGCAAGUACGGUGAUCUGAAUGCGCUCGUUAUGAGUCCGAGGAAGAAUGGAAGCGCUCUGGUGGAGUUCCGCACCAAGGAUGCCGCCGAAAUGGCUAUAACGUACGAGAAAGGUCGGUUAGAUAACCCUUGCACGUUGGAAUGGAUUGGAGAAGCACCGGUACAAGGGAAAUCCAAAGCGACGGCUGGCAGUACCAUCACGGAUCGGGAUUAUGAAAGUCUUGUGUUACGGCAACUGCGACAAGCCGAAGAACGGAAACGGCUGAUUGAACAAAUGAUGAAGGAAGAGGCCGAAGCCGAAUCAUCGGCCCAAUAA